UAUUGUUGAAUCCAAAUGACUGAAUCCACCGCGACAGCUAAGCAUGUAGAGAACCUUUACGAGUUCGGUGAGAGACUUAAUGAGUCCAAAGACAAGUCUCAGGUAGGUUUCAUUUCAUUAGAGGGCUGCCCCUAUUCUGUAAGAAUAAUCCCGAGUGUCUUUCAAAAAUUGUUGACAUUCUCGUUCCUCUACUUUCAGCCGGUUGGUUGAUUUGUGUUUAUUACUUAUGUUAUUUGUGUCGGCAACUUUUACCUGAUUGUCAUGUAUCUGAUGAUGUCAUACUUACUUUUAAUGAUUUUAGACGAAUUUGUGGAGCGGGAUGCAGUAUGCAAAGCUCUUAUGUCCUUAAUGAGGCAGGACGUGAAAGGUAAUUCCCCCAAUCACCAACUUGGGCAGUCUGAAGAACAUGGAGCUACUUACUGGUCAUCCAACUGGCAUCAAUGGAUUGAUUUCUUCGUCUAUGACCUUUUGCGGGUGUGGAGCUUUAUCUUCACGAAGAAAAUCCUUCUCGAGAAUGCACAAUCAUACAAACAGCUGGAAAGUUUACUCCAUUCGAGUUCAAUAGGAUCCCCGAAAUCAAUGAUUGUAAUGUUCCUUUGGCUACUCGGAGGCAUCAGAAGAGAUGCAAUCUCAAGCCUGUGGAAUCUAUGUCUUCUAAGUUGCAAGUUACAGAUACUUCCCAAGGGCCCCUCAUUAUUGGAGCAUUUGAAUUUGUCUUUACCGCAGCAGCUAGUGGCGUGAGCAGAGCAUGACGGCUGUGACAAUUUGAAUUUGCUAAGGUGAUAAUUUGAGGUUACGAUUAGGCGAUAGCUCUAUUUAUGGCAUCAUAUGUUUGAUUUGGCGCAAGUUUAACUGAAUUUUGUUUGAUGUCAUUGGCUCUAUUUUGUUUGAUUUUUCUGCUGAUUUUUGAAUUUUUGUCUUCCUUUAUUUCUAGAUUGUCUGCUUUCCGACUGGGAAGAGUAACAAUAUUCGCAUUUGGGUCAGGAUGUUGUUUUUCUGUUUUAUUGUUUUCUUUUCAGAAAUUUUUGUUACAUGUCGAGCAUUUACGUAUUUUUAUAACAAGUUGUACACAUUUUCAGUUGUAUCAGAUGUAACAAUGGCUGCAUCUUUCUCAUGUAAUAAAUGUGAGUUUGAGAUAGAAUCUAAGUAUUGAACUUGUACAGCUGAAAAGAUA